ACAGAUAGAUAUAACAAUUUGGUACCACUUCUAAUCGGUGUCAUAUGUAUAUGUAAGACUAAGAGAUAUUGAAAAUGAAAGUCAGAUGGUAGUACCCUUAUUACGUAACACCGUCCAUCUUCUGACUAAAAGGCCUAAGCACCGAAAUCCAUUAUGAAAAAGCCUAUAAAUACCAGAGGGCCCAGAACUAAACCUUAGUUUUAAUCUAGCUCUGUCACAAUGUCUUUGUGGAUAUUAUUGUUCGUGGCGGUGUGCGGUGCCCUCCCGACGCCACCGAACCCGACGAUGAUCGGCACCCGAAACAUGCAGCUGGUGUACGCCCACGCGAUCCCGUCCGAUGAAUCCAUGGUCCCGGCGGAAACGUUCUGGGGCGGCUACAACGGAUACGGCGGCGGUCGUACCGGAUGGAAGAGCGACGCGGUGCCGGCUUACGCCUCCGUGGGUCCGAUGCUGGGCGCCAUCGGAACGGUUGGAGCUGUGGGUGCCGUCGGUGGAGUCGCGCCCGUCGGGGCGGUUUACCCCAACGGUGAGGGCUUGUUCGGCGGCAGUUUCGGAUGGAAGGACAGUAACGGAGGACGGGUGGAGCACAGCGGAUGGAGGGGCGAUUCGGCGGGCGCUUGGAGCUCGCCCACCACCUACAACAGUCCCGGACCUGGUUGGAGGAAUUAGUUUAGUUUCUUUAUUGUAAGGGUAGAUUUUAAUACAGUUUAUUAAGCACUGCUGCUUUUUCUUUUUCACCGCCCAUUAUCAGUCGCAAACUGCCGAAGAGUUCAGAACUGAGCCAAGCAGUGAUUUGCUUUCUACGUCAUAUUGCAUAUACUAUUUUAUUUUUGCAAGCAUUUAAUUGUAAUAAAAUUUUAUGGCGACGGAUAAAUAUUUGACUUUGAACCAAAAAUUAAACAUAUGUUUUCUUUCUUAAAUGAAUAUUUACUCUGUGUUUGCACUGAAUUUAAUAAUGAAGUGUUAAUGUAUUGUUAUGAUGGUCAUAAUAUGAAAAUUAUUAUACUUCUGAAAAACUAGAUAUUUAUUUUAAUUGUAAUGAAAAGUUGACCUUUCUUGACUGGCAAUUGACAACUUAUAUUUU